CCCACCCCUCGCAUCUUGAUGAACAACAUCCUCUCUUCCUGUGCAGACGUCUUCCCGCAGCUCGAGGCUUUCUUCGUCAGCCAUCUGAAUCCUCUCGCCCAUUCCUCACAUCCCAUGGUCGACGAUAGCCUUGCCGCACACCAAAGCGAAGGAAGCCCGAUGCAAUGCGUAGAGAGUGAAGGUGCACGGGUACCUGAGCCCUCGCCGCAUCGACUAUCCGCCGACCACCCCCUCGUCGAUUCCAUCGCUGCCAAAGACACUGGAGACAGCACUGUGUCUCAACGUUGGUCGCGUCCCAGAAAGGCCAAGAAGACCAAGUUGCAUCAGUACUCUCGCAAGGAAAAGGCCAUGAUUCGCAUCUAUCGCCUAUACGGGAAGACUAUCAACCAAGUCACAAUAUUGACGGGUGCGUCUACAGCUACGAUAAGCCGCUAUGUCAGAGACGGGGCCAUCAACGACAUCAUCGAGGACUGGGAUUAUGUGGACGCCGAGUUUUACCGGAAGUACCCUCCUCUAGAUACAGAUGAGCUCAUCCAUAGGCACGACUGCCUGAGAAGGGCCGGAGGUGGGCCGCGCAAUCUGUUCAGUCACAGACAGGAAGACGUCGAUACGCGGUAUCUUGACUUUCCUACGACUGGGCUACCCCCCAGCUCCGGUCCAAGCCGCACUCGUGUAACAAGACAGCGUCCUGCGCGAGUGACCCCACUGCCCGCGAACGAUAUCGCCACGCCUGCCAUGGAAGUACAGGAAGAAUCCAACCCCGGGACCGAACCUGAGGAUGUGCCGGAUCGUGGCCCUUCACCUGGUACCUGCCAGGAUGAAGCCAUCUACAUAUCCUCGGAUGACGAGGAAGACGACAUCGAGCCCACCAGCGAUCAUCCUCCGACCCAGGCUUCGAGCGAGGACCAAACCACUCUCUUCAAGGCUUUCUACGCCAAUCUGGACUUCGAUAUGUCUCAGCAUCACGCCGCGCUUGCGAACUGUGACCUCGGCACCGCUCAGCACGUAUUACCAUUGCGCCAGUGGCCGCAGGACAGGCUCGUCCAGAUUUACCAGAGGUCGAUCCCCUCUCUGCACUACUUCGAGUGUCUCGUUCUUGCAAAGGGCGUCAGCAACAUCGCGCUGGACGGGACGAUUGAGAAGAGUGCUACCAGGCAACGGUUGGACGAGGCUCCAGCAAUUUGGACACUUCCUGUUCAGCGCUUUCUCGCCAGCCUCACGCCAAACCUCUCCAUGCACUCUAGCCUCCUUCAGGGUCUAGGGCUUGGUAGCCUUGGGAGACUUAUCACAGUCGCCGGGUGGUCCGACAAAGGCUUGCUAUCCGAUUCUUGCCCCCAUAUUCGCAGCAGGCUGUCAAGACUGCACCGCUACGUCCUGUACUGCGAGCUGAAGAUGGCCAUUCAGAAUACGGCGCAGGAAGGCUGGCUGGGCAACUACUACGUCCCCUUCAUUGUGCAGCGCGCUGAGAGACAGGUACCCCUGGUGGAACCAGCUAUGCGAAUCCCACUCAACAUCGGCUCCUUCGCCGGCCUGGAUAUCGACUUGUCCACGCAUGCCCCAAUGCUCAUCGAACGUGGCAUCAGCACUUUGGAAGACGUUGCUGAGCUCGGGAAGUGGAGCUUGAAGAAUAUUCGAAUCAUGCUCAUGGAAGUCGCUCCCGAGCUCACCAUCCUCGAGCGCUUCGUUCUUGCGCACAGCAUCAAGUUUAGUACGCCGGACGGUUACUUCAAAAGAGGAAUGAUGCGCGCCCGGCUCAAUACGUGCCCCGAUUUGUGGAACGGAACGCCGAACAAGAUCCUUGCUGGUCGAGAGCAGGACUUGUCCGAUUGUCUGCCAAAGCUGGCGGACGCGGGCCUUGGGACGCUGGGCGCGCUGUACGCUAUCAGCCACUGGGACGGAGCGGAGCUGGGGGACCUGCUCGAGGAAGCCGCCAAGAUCUCGCCUGUGAAGGCCGCCAUCAUCAUCCAGGCCAUCAAAGAGACCGUCUCCGUGCAUAUCAAACUGUCAGUGCGCAUCUUCCCGUACAAUGUCCUAUUCAACGAAGUUAUGGGGCCUCCUUCUACUUUCGCCAUCCCGAAGCUUGAUGACUGCACGGCAGCAUCACCAAUGGCGCCGCAUAGUAUCAUUCCUAUCGACACUCAUCAGACAACCUCACGCUCAAUUCCGGCACCUCCAGGCGAUGGAACUCGAGGCGCAGGCCAACUUCGGUUCAUUCCGUACGACCCCGCAGGUCGCAAUCCUCUACGACGUUACUUUGGCGGUGGAAGACGAAACUAUUACACGCGCGGUGACAGAGCCAACGUUCGCUGGUUGUACACGAUUGGAAAACUGGACUGGAGUGGUAUACACGCUAUGACGGGAAUAAGCCGUGGUACGAUCAACUCAUACAUCGAGAACAAUCGUGCGGAUCCGGACGACGUGACGCGGGACGUUGAUUUUAUCAGCGAACGCAUUAGGCGAGAAUAUCCACCACCUUGGGAUGAUCAAGUACCUCAUACGCCCAUCUCCGAGCGAGCCGCGCACAGGAAGAGACGCAAACUCUCGGACGAUGCGAAUCAGGAAGAGACGGGGAACACGGACUCUGACCUAACAUCAUUGGAGGACUCGCCUCCGCCACGACCUUCUACAAGUGAUCAAGAUCGCUUUGUCGAAGAGCCGCGCUCGAGGAAGAAGCAACGGCUGCUGACCGGCGGCACGCAGGCUGUAUUCGAGGCAGCGCUUCCUUCGCAAGCAUGCGACGACCUACCUCUCUUACAGCCUAUGUCAGGGAUGCCCAUCCUGGAAGACGACGAUGCAAUGGACGCGACGGAGCCUGCUAACCAUAGCGUGCCCCCUCUCGGGAACACAGUGCCUGGCCCACGCUCGCUACAAUUUCGCCAGCAGCGCUUUGCCACAGAAUUCCUCGCGAACCUCGACUUCGACCUGUCUGCCCAUGCUCCGGCUCUCGCACAGUGCGAUCUUGGCACGGCGCGGGACGUGUAUCCCUUGCGCAACUGGACAACAUCAGAUCUCAUGUUCACCCUUGCGGAGGCGAUGCCCCAGCUGCCGUAUAUCGAGCGCUAUGAACUGGCCCGGCGCAUCAAGACCAUGUCUGCUACCUGCGGUGCUGUGAAGAGCCCAAUGAGGAUGCAACUGGACGAGGUACAGGAGGUCUUACAAAUCCCCAUACUGGGGUUCCUCUCACGUUUGUCAGUGGACUGCUCGCAGUAUCUACCCAAGCUCGAGGGCGCGGGGCUCAGGACCCUCGGGGCAAUUGUCGUGAUAUCUGGGUGGACAAGUGCUGAGGUCGAAGAUGUCUUGAAAGGCGCAGUUCCGGACAUGAAGCCCCUCCACCGCUUUAUAUUGACGAAAGCCUUGGCUCGCUUGUCGGACGCUAUAAAAGCUUCGGGUGCGAACGCGACACGAACCCUCAUAGACCAUUUUCGGGAGGGACCUGCGGGACUAUCGAACGCCUCAUACCCUGUCCUCGGCGCUUGGUUCUUUAGCUCCCUCGACCACGACUUGUCCGCGCGCACGGGAGUCCUGGCUGCUGUAGGGCUCGUCACCUCGAAGGAAGUCGCCAGCUUGCGACCCUGGAGCGUAGAGGACCUCCAUGAGAUGUUCAAGGAGCUCCUUCCAGAUUUGCUAGCUGUCGAGCGCCACGUGCUCAUUCGGGGCAUCAAGUCAAGCCUGCACGGUGUUCCGCAACGCUCGCCUCUCAGGGUGUCCGCUGCCAAAUUCCUCGCCAAGAGGGAGCACGAUCUGUCUGCCUUCCUCGACGAUUUGGAUCGUGCAGGCAUUGGGAGCCUCGGCGCGCUGCUUGCAGUGAGUCACUGGAGUCGGAAUGAACUUCUUGCAUUACUGCAAGAAGCUACACCUGCCAUGAGCUUCGUCCGCCGCUACAUGCUGAUACGUGCGCUGCAUUCGGAAGGGGAUAGGUUACUCGCAGGCGAGCCAGCCUAAUGAGAUGUUGUAAAUGCCGAUCUAUCGAAAUGUACUUUCACGCCUCCUUCGUGUACUGUACUCUCUUGGGCACUCUCAGACGGCGUUUGAGCCAUAAAUGUUUUCUCUAUUGUUCUGCUUUGGGAAUGCAUCCGCC